UCGCGCACGCGCGGAGGACCGGGCUCAGUGCCUGGUUGUCAUGAGAGCAGAGGCCGCGGCCACGGAGAUGGGCCCUGGCCCCCGGGGCUGCUCAUCAGCUGCCUCCACCGCUGCAGCUCGGGGGUGCGGGGCAGCCGCGGGUGGCAGAGAAGAAGCAGCUUGAAUACCACCACCCGAGGCGUGGCGCUGCGGGGGCUAGCGGAGGGCCCCCGGGGUCUUGCAAGCGCCAGAGUCCAGGCGGGCCUCGGUCCGAGCAGAAAUCUUUCCUGCUUUUCUGAACAAUCCAGUGAACAGAAUGCCCCACAAGAUUGGAUUUGUCGUUGUCAGCUCAUCUGGACAUGAGGAUGGCUUCAGUGCCCGGGAAUUAAUGAUCCACGCACCAACUGUCAGUGGGUGGAGGUCUCCAAGGUUCUGCCAGUUUCCACAAGAAAUUGUUCUUCAAAUGGUGGAGAGAUGUCGAAUAAGAAAGCUACAGUUACUUGCUCACCAAUAUAUGAUUUCAAGUAAAAUUGAGUUCUACAUUAGUGAAAGCCUGCCUGAGUAUUUUGUACCAUAUCAAGCAGAGCGGUUUCGAAGACUUGGGUAUGUCUCUCUCUCUGACAAUGAAAAGACUGGUUGCAAAGCUCGGGAACUAAAGUCAGUUUAUGUGGAUGCAGUAGGACAGUUUCUUAAGCUGAUUUUUCACCAAAACCAUGCCAAUAAAUACAACAUAUAUAACCAGGUUGCUCUGGUUGCAAUAAAUAUCAUCGGAGACCCUGUCGAUUUUGGUGAUGAAAGCAAUACUACCUCUAGAGAGAAGUUAAUCGAUCACUAUCUGGGACACAACACAGAGGACCCAGCUCUGGAAGGAACAUGUACUGGGAAGUCUGACUAUAUUUCUCCGCUAGAUGAUUUGGCUUUUGACAUGUACCAAGAUCCAGAAGUUGCACAGAUUAUCCGAAAAUUAGAUGAAAGAAAACGUGAAGCUGUCCAAAAAGAGCGCUAUGAUUAUGCCAAGAAACUAAAACAAGCUAUUGCUGACUUGCAGAAGGUUGGUGAGCGUCUUGGGAGGUACGAGGUGGAGAAGCGCUGUGCUGUGGAGAAGGAGGACUAUGACCUGGCCAAAGAGAAAAAACAGCAGAUGGAGCAGUACCGAGCCAAGGUGUACGAGCAGCUGCAGCUGCAUGACCUUGUGGAUGCUGAACUGAUUCGAAGGCCUUUUGACUUGCCCCUGCAGCCUCUUGUCCACUCUGGCAGCCCCCAUCGCCCACAGCCUAUGCUAACACUACCACCACAAGAAGAGAGGGUGACAGAAAAGCGAUUUGCAGACCUUGUCCUUCAGGAAAAGCCUUCAGCACACCCCCAAGAUGUAUUUCCACAUCCUGCCACAGCAGAACGGCCACUGCCUGCCACAGACCCCCACCUCAAGACCAUGCCAGAGUCCUUGCCUUAUGAUGAACGGCCACUUCCUGCCACUCGCAAGCAACCCUCAGCAGCAACUGUGGAGCCAGAAAGGAGUGACACUGAUGUGAGUGAGGCUCCCAGAGGUCCUGCAGGUGAACCCGAGCCCCUAACAGAGAAAAUCUGGAGAGAAGCAGGCUCUUCCAUUGAAGUGCUAGGCGAGACAUUGGUUGCUGGGGCCUAUUCUAGGACCUGGUCAUACCGGGAAGAUGCACUGCUUGCCUUGUAUAAGCAGCUGAUGGAAAUGCCUGUUGGAACCCCAAAGGAAGACUUAAAGAGCGCUCUGAGAGCAUCCAUCUUUCUUAUCAGGAGAGCCAUCAGAGACAUAGUUACCCCGGUCUUCCAGGCUUCUUUGAAAUUGUUGAAAAUGAUCAUUACUCAGUAUAUUCCUAAACAUAAACUGAGUAAAGCUGAAACAACUCACUGUGUGGAAAGAACUGUCCCUGUCUUGCUUACCAGAACUGGAGAUUCUUCUGGUCGUCUCCGUAUUAUGGCUUCAAAUUUUAUUCAGGAAAUGGCUUUGUUUAAGGAAGUUAAGUCUCUCCAACUUAUUCCAUCUUACUUGGUACAGCCAUUAAAAGCAAACUCCUCAACUCAUCUAGCCAUGAGCCAGAUGGAACUCCUGGCCCGGCUGUUGAAAGAUCUGGGCACUGGAAAUGCAGGUUUCACCAUAGAUUCUGUGAUGAAGUUUUCAGUGAGUGCUCUGGAGCAUCGAGUCUAUGAGGUCCGGGAGACAGCAGUUAGAAUUAUUUUGGACAUGUACAAACAACACCGGGAUUUUGUGCUAGACUACCUCCCUCCAGAGGACAAUACCACACGCAAGAAUGUGCUUUAUAAAACAAUUUUUGAGGGAUUUGCUAAAAUAGAUGGCAGACCUACAGAUGCUGAAAUUAAGGCACAGAAAAAAGCAGCUACAGAAGAAGCAGAAAAACGAAAGAAAGAAGAAAUUAAAGCUUUACAAGGGCAGUUGGCAGCACUUAAAGAAACCCAAGCCGAAGUUCAGGAAAAAGAAAGUGAUACUCUGAAAAAAGAAAGUGAUACUCUGAAGACAAAGAACCAAGACUCUCAAGGAAGGAAAGCAGCCCUACCUAGCACUCCAGAAAUUCCAGAUGAUCACUAUUUAGAUAAUCUGUGUAUUUUUUGUGGGGAAAGGAGCGAGUCCUUCACAGAAGAAGGCUUGGAUCUCCACUACUGGAAGCACUGUCUCAUGUUGACAAGAUGUGAGCACUGCAAACAGGUGGUCGAGAUAUCCAGUUUGACAGAGCACUUGUUGACAGAAUGUGACAAAAAAGAUGGUUUUGGAAAGUGUUAUCGCUGUAGUGAAGCUGUUUUGAAAGAAGACCUUCCCAGACACAUAAAAACAAAAGAAUGUAACCCUGCCAAACCAGAGAAGCUGGCAAACCGGUGUCCUUUGUGCCAUGAAAAUUUCACACCCGGAGAAGAGGCAUGGAAAGCUCACCUGAUGGGCCCUGCUGGCUGCACAAUGAAUCUUCGCAGGACACAUGUGCUGCACAAGGCACCAAGCCUACUGCCUGCUAAAGGCCCAGUAGUGACCAAAUCGGGGACCUCAGGAUCAAAAGUUGGAAGCAAGAUUCCAACCCCAAAGGGAGCCCUGAAUAAAAACUCUAGCCGGACAUACAUGAAGCGAUGACAUGACACGUCUUUGUCUCUCUAAGGAACCAAACAAACUUUCUGAUUCUGAGUUGCUUCUCCUAAAAUCCAUUUGCACCUGCCAAGCCAGGCUCUGCCUCUCUGCCCCUGGAUUCUCGCUUUGCCAGAGCCAAGCAUGGAAAUGACCAAAGAACUUUCUUCUAAAGUUAGGAGUGACCUUACUGAAGGUCAGGCAUUAGGGUUUUCUGACUUUGGCAGUUCACGGCAUGAAGGAAAGAGAAUUCAUUGUGUCUGAAGAGAAUCAAGUCCUUCCCAGGAGAUUCACUCCCACUGCAAGCAGCUUCCAUGCCUCUCCCAUUAAGGGAAGAGUGCAAAAAAAGAGCAUCCUGUUUCCUCAGUCACUUGAAUGAUCUCUAUGGAAACUUCAUUAUAGACUUAGUCUCUCCCGUGGUACAAUUUUGAUCCUGGUGGUGGUGCAAGAGACAGGAGUAGUGGUACAAUUCUGAUCCAGGCAGUGGUACAAGGAAAACUAGAGUACGAUGGUAUGCGGUAUGCCCUUUGCCUUCUCCAUAGGAAUCUUCCACGCAGUCCAACCCAGCACACAUGGCAAAGAGCCAGUGCACUCUAAUGAGAGGUACAGUAAGUGACCACUAAGAGUCCCCUCAGUGUGCACCUCCCCUGAUGCUUCAUCCCAGCUCUGUCUGUGGAGUGUCCUCCCACCCACUCUGCUGUCCCAGAUGAAACUAAGCUUGCCACUGUGACUCUGCUUUUCCUCAGGGCACUUUUGAUCUUUUACAUGUGUAAAGUCCUCCAAAAUAAAUUCUGAAAUGACCUUCCAACUCAGUAUGCUGUGCUCACCUCACAUGGUGUAUGCACUCGCCUCAAGUGUCAGAACAGUUCAUGCUUAAAACCUUGCAAGCAAAUGUUUGUUCUUGACUCUACUUUGUUCAGUAUUCACUAGAGCCUUCCAUAUGGCCCAGCAGAUCACAUCUGGUUUAGGCCCUUCCCUCAAAAAUCCAUACUGUAAUUGAAACUAUAAGCUCACUUUUCUCAGACACUUUGUAUGACACUUAAAAUACCAAAAUAUCACUUGAAAAUGAAACAAACCUCCAGUACCCUCCCCAGCUCCUACCCAGCGUUUCUAUCUCAUGGAAGUUCAACUUGUUUCACAUUCAGGUGUGGUAGGGAAAUCCAGAAACAAGGUCACCAUCAGAAAAGGAAGUCUGUACUUCCUGUGUACUGAGUCUUCCAGAGACCCAGGAGCAUUGGUCAGAGUUAUACUUUGUUCCUAAGAGUUAGGCAGGCUUUUAGAAUGCCAGCUAGAUGUAUGUGGAAUUAAUGAAGUUUGUACUACAUUAUGUAUAAACAUUUUAAAUCCCCAAUCUACUGAAACAGCAAUGUAUGUGAACUAAUAACUGUGGGCAGUGUUCUCCCUGCAUACGUGAGUAACCAUAAAUUUCACUAAUUAGUAUCAUUUUGGGUAAACUAGUGCCAUCUUACAAAGUUGACUCAAGAUAUUUAACAAGAGUAAGAUUUGACAAGAGAAUAACCCUUUGAGAAAUACUGUUACAAGUGUGCAAGUAUGGAGGGAGAAAAAAAACAUAAAAUUUCACUAGACAAAGCAGUGAUGCCAAGGUGAUUAUAAUAUAUGAUUCCAGUUAAAAAAAGAUGCAUGCUUUUUUUAGAGAUCUAUUUAUGAGAGAGAGAACCAGCGCAUCACUCUGGCACAUGCAAUGCUGGAGGUUGUACUCAGGACCUCAUGCUUGAGUGUCCCAAGGUUUUAUUUUCUCUUUUAAGAUUUUAUUUACUAACACAAGACAAAGAACCAGAACAUCACUCUCACACAUGUAGUGUUGGAGAUUCAACUUAAGACUUCAUGCUUCCAAGCUAAUGCUAUAGCCACUACGCCACCUUCCAGGCUGCAAUACAUGAUUUUCUAUUCUAAUCCAUUUCUGAGGUACAGGGGGAAAAAUACUUCUAUAAAUAGAACAAUAAUGAGAAAAGUUAACCAUGAAAUUAUUCUUUUCUCUCCAGUCAAAACUACUCAAAAAGAAUCAAACAUACACAAGAAAUAUGUAAUGUCUAUAUAUUGUAACUUUAAAAAGAUACUUGUAAAAAUAUUUAAGUGAUUGACAAACAUAGUUGGGUAUUUUUAAAGCCACUUAGUCUUGCUGGUUAUGGGAGAAUCAUGUGUUAGUGUUGAAAUUAUUCCUGGCAGUGAUUAGUAUCUGUUAAAGGCUAUACAGUUAUACACUCUUAAGUAAACAAAAAUAAAGGAUAGGAAAUUUUUAAUUAGUUGUAAAACCCCUCAACCAUUUAUAAAUAAAUUUGAAACCAUAAUAAUUGAAUUUUCACAAAUACGUUACAGAUUUUUAAUGAAUAUUAACACAAGAAAGAGGAGAAGAAAAGAGAACAAUCAGCAUUGCUCUGGCAUGCCAGGGAUCAGGAUCUUGUGCUUUUUUGUUUGUCUUGUUUUACCAGAGCACCGCUCAGCUCUGACUUACUUUGGUGCUGGGGACUGAUAUUUAAGCUCAGAGUCUCAGGCAUGAAAUUUCUCUCUGUGUAACCAUUCUGCUAUCUCCCCAGCCCACCUUGGGCUUUUAAGUCCCAACACUUCAGCCACUGUGUCACCUCCUGGGCCACAUGUUGUGGAUAUUUAACAAUAUUUAUUUCUAUUACUUUCAUACUUCAAAAUAUUCUAUUAUAAUUUGAAGAAUUGUACCUGUACAUUUGGUAUUGGAGUACAAAUGUAAAUACUUUUAUGGAAUAUUUGAAGUUUUUUUUAAUGUUUUAACAGUUUUCUAUUUGUCUUUAUUUCAGGUGCAAGGAUUAUAAAAUAAGUAAUAUAUUUUUGUUGUUUUAGGGUUUAGGGGAUAAUUCACCCUGAGUAUACUAAUGUAAUAAAAAUAUCACUAAA